AAAUAAGUGUCGGCUAUAAUUCAACUUCCUUUUCCGGUUGUCCAAGUGUUGGUGCACAACCGACACCAUGAAGCUGAACAUAGCCUUCCCAGCAACUGGCUGUCAAAAACUGAUCGAAGUUGACGAUGAAAAAAAAUUGCGUCCAUUCUAUGACAAGCGUAUAUCGGCAGAAGUCUCUGCCGACAGUUUGGGUGAUGAGUGGAAGGGUUACAUACUGCGCAUCACUGGCGGCAAUGACAAGCAGGGUUUCCCCAUGAAACAAGGUGUGCUGACCACUGGUCGAGUCAGGCUCCUGCUGUCUAAGGGUCAUUCAUGUUUCAGAGUCAGGAGGUCUGGCGAGCGUAGGCGAAAGUCUGUGCGUGGCUGCAUUGUCGACAGCAAUCUGUCGGUUCUGUCAGUUAUUAUCAUCAAGAAAGGUGAGCAGGAGAUUCCCGGCCUCACAGACAAGACCAUCCCCCGCCGUUUGGGGCCCAAGAGAGCCAGCCAUAUUAGAAAACUCUUCAACCUCAGCAAGGAAGAUGAUGUCAGGCAGUAUGUUGUACGCCGACCACUUCCAGAGAAAGAAGGCAAGAAACCUAGGACAAAAGCACCAAAGAUUCAGCGUUUGGUGACACCAGUCGUUCUUCAGAGGAAGCGACACCGACUGGCCCUGAAGAGAAGGCGAGCGUCGAAGAAACGCGAAGAUGCGGCCGAGUAUCUGAAACUGCUCGCCCAGAGGAUGAAGGAGGCGAAGGAGAGGAAGCUGGAGCGUAGGAGGUCCUCCUCCAAGAGUCGCAGCGAUUCCAUGAGGGAGUCGCACUCGAAAAAAUAGAGACCAUGUCUCACAUACGAGGAAAUAAAUGAGAAAGACUUUCA